GGCCCUUCGGACAAUGGGACCAUAGAGCAGCCAGGGAGCGGGAGUGGUCCGGCCGAAGGGGGGCCGCUCUAUGGGGCUGGGAGCCGCCAUGCUCUAUGAUGCGCGGCGGGGGCCGCAGCCGCAGAAGCACCGAGGAGGCCCAGCAGCUGCGCGGCCAGUCUGUGCUGAGUGGUUUCUGGAGCAGAGUCUUUCUCAUCACUCAGUCCAGGGAAGCCUGUCUCGUAGUUGGGAUUUGGGGUGCCAAUUCUGCCGCCUCCCGAUCUCCCAUGGCGCUGAAGGCAGAGGCUCCCUUGACGGACUACGCUGAGGUCUCCCGCUUCAGGGAGAAGGAGAAGAUGGCUGCUGAUUAUCGACUCCUGCGCCGCCCCUCAGGGAGGCAGGAGGCAGCCCUUGUAAACCCCAUGGACAAAGGACAAUACCCAUUUUCAGAAUCUGCUGGCCAGGAUGAGCUCGGGAUCUCCUGGAAGCAAGAAUACCUGGUAGCCGAGAACCCGGACGAUGGCCGGCUGGUGUGCAUGGUAUGCGGGGGCAUCUUGGCCACCUCCGGCCCCGCGGCGGCCCGUCAGCACAUCCUGCAGCAGCACGCCCACUCGCUGGACUUCACCCUGGAGGAGAAACGCAACAUCCUGGAGGGCUGGAGCGAAGGAGGCGUGCUGCCCGCCGUCGAUUCGCCACCGGCAGGCGGUCCCGGCGAGAACAAGCAGCCUGCCGAGAUCGAAGUCCUCCUUGAUACGGAGGAGCAGCCCGUGAGCCGGAAGCGCGGGCCCGCCCAAGCACGCCGCGCAGAGGGCUUGAACUUGGAAGCUGAGCGGCGACUUUCGGUUCGACAGAGGCCGCCCGCCAAGGAUCCGAGGGGCCAGGAGCCCAUGAAGGCUACAGGAAAGGAGUGGCUGUCAGAAUGCGGACUUCCCAGUUCGGCUCCGGCUGAAAUCCGCAUUUUCACCGACGGCUCUUUCCCAGCUGGAUUCACCCUAAAGCUGUACUGCCGUUCUCAGCCAGAACCAUCGCCAGGCACGGGAGCUAAGGCAAACACAAGGAAAAAAACAGUGGAUCGCGACUGCUCCGUCUCCCUGCUGCGGCUCCACUCCAGGGACACUGGCGGUCACCUCCACCCAAGCCAGGACACCCUCUCUCCCCGUUGCCCGCUGGGCAGCUCCGCCGACAGCCGCCCCAAAGACUGUGGGGCAGUUCGGGGAGCGGCCAAACGGGGAGCCCCUGCUGGCAAGGAGGCGUCCACUGCCCUCGGGAAAGGCUUCAACCCCUCGUGGCGCGCUCGGUUCCUGGUGGACUUCGACGACGCCACCGGCCACCUGGUGUGCAUGGUUUGCGAGUACCCGUUGCGGCGCGUCUGCCUGGCCACCGUCAAGCAACACAUCCUCCAGUGCCACGCUGAGACGCUGCAGAUGCCCCGCGAAGUGCGGCGUACCAUCCGCGAAGUCUGGGAGAACCGGUGCCAGCCCUCCGCCCAGGCCCCGAGGAAGUGACGGGCUCCUCCAUCCCACUUGACUUUCUCGGGAAGCCACAAGAGAAAGGGUUAAAAAGAGACCAAAUUCUGUUGGACCAGGCAGGCGCCAUGGGGCGGAGCUUGAGGGAAGGAGGCUCCACCCCUCCUCGGAAGCCCCGCCCCCAACGCUAUCACUCCCCUCUCCCUCGCUGGAGAACUGAACAGAUUCUAACUCUGCCGCCAUUUUUCAACUCUUAAUUCUGCUUUUUUUUUUUAUACGCACACAAACACACACACAUAUAUAUAUAUAUAUAUAUAUUAUUUGUUUCUGUUUUCAACUUUGUUUUCCCGUCCUAAGCAGAAGCAGCUCUGAUUUCUCUUUCAGGCCGCAGCCUUAUUUUUAUUUUUUCACACCGCCACGGAGAACGGAGUCAACGCUAAGUCAGCGAGUGGAGAGGGGAGAUUGUUGCCACUGCCUUCCCCUUAUUACAGGGUCUGUUUAUUGAAAAAGAAAAGAUAAAAGUAAAGGGAACUCAGGGGGAAAAUCUUUUUUUUUUUCAGUUGCAGUCUGAUCCUUU